AUGUCGUCACAUGGUAACAAACCCUACGCAAUUGUCACUGGGGCGACAGAUGGUAUCGGUCGGGGACUGGCAUUUGAGCUGGCACGGAAUAAUUUUAAUGUUGUUAUUCACGGACGAAAUCCAGAAAAACUUCAUAAUGUACAACAAGAAAUUAUUAAUCUUUAUCCAACAAUAAGUGUUCAAAUAGCAAUCGUCGAUGCUGCUAAGAAUCCAUAUUCAGACGCAAUAAUAAAUGUUGUCAAGGAGUUACAUGUAACAAUUUUAAUAAAUUGCCUUGGCAUCUUAGGGGAUGGUGGUUUUAAACCAUUUGAAAAUGAUACAGACGACUCUAUCCAGGCUAUGAUGAAUGCUAAUACACUUUUUCCGACAUCGCUCACCCGUCAGUUACUGCCACAGCUUCGACGAGCGGUGCCUUCACUCAUAUUGAAUUUAUCAUCAGGAGCAGCUAUUACAUAUCCACCAUUUCUUAGUACCUACGCUGGUUCGAAAGCCUACAAUCUUACUUUCAGUCAUGCUCUACACAACGAAAUGACAUAUCUCAAGACAAAUGUACAUGUUCUUGCUGCUCUUGUUGGUACUGUGAAUUCGGCAGCCAACAAGGCACCUGUGUCGUUCUUUUGUCCAUCAAGUAUGCAAUACGCGAAAACACUUUUAGAACGAGUGGAUCAACGUGGGCCUGUUAUCACUGGCAACUGGCAACAUGGAUUACAGAUGGCAUUCUUUAAAUUUAUACCACAUUGGAUUGUCGACUAUCUGAUGAUACGCGUGACACAUAAUGCCAGCAUAGAAAAAAAUAAAGAUAAAUAA